CUUAGUACCAAACGAAUUCGCGUCUCAGUGUGUACGACGUGUAUGUGCGGGUGAAUUUGAAAGACAUUCAAACAAUAAUGGACUGGUAUUCUACUACCGAACUACUCGUACUCCAAUCCAGAAAGUAUUAAAUUAUCGUUAAAAUUUAUUUUGUCAAGUAUUGUUAAUAUAGAAUUCAGCGAAUAUGCCUGAAACGGCUCAAGAUUAUACAUUGGACAGUGUAUUGAAGCAAAUAGGGGACUUCGGAAAGUACCAGUUGUUCGUGUUUUCCGUAGUAAUUUUCGGUGUUGUUCUGCACUCUGCCGUGCACAAUGCCUUCGUUUUUACAGCUUUAGACGUUAGUUACAGAUGUGCCAUUCCAGAAUGUGAUCACAACGGUACAACGUUUGAACCAGAUUGGCUACCAGCGGCCGUGCCGUAUAAAAAUAAGCUUCCAGAGAAAUGUAAAAGGUAUGAAUACACAGGUGUUGAUGGAAGCUGCAACCCCGAAGAUUUUGAUCAAACGAAAGAAAUAUCAUGUUCUUCUUAUGUGUACCAGACUAAGGAAUGGAGUAUUCUACAAGAGUACGAUCUACAUUGCGAAGAAAACCUGUGGAAGUUAACUAUGGUUGGUACAGUGAACAGCAUUGGACAAUUUGUCGGAUUAUUUAUUGGUGGCUUUAUAUCUGACAGGUAUGGAAGAAAGUUUUUAUUAAUUUGGGGGAUGAUUUUUUGCGCAGUGUUCGGUAUUCUUCGAACUUUUAUGCCAACUUAUGAAUUGUUUUUACUUUUUGAGUUCUUAGAUGCGGCGUUUGGUGCUGGAACUUAUAUAUGUGGAUUUGUUUUAAGUGUUGAAUUAGUUGGACCCAAGAAAAGGGUGUUGACGGGAAUAUUGUCCAGUUCUAGCUAUGUUCUUGGUGAAAUAUUUACAGCAGUUGCUGCAUGGACUACUCAAUCAUGGAAACCCAUCAUUUAUAUUCUGUAUUCGCCCAUAUUUCUGCUCAUAUCCUACAUAUGGCUGGUUCCCGAAUCUGUUAGGUGGCUUCUGUCCAAAGGGCGCAACGAAGAAGCAAAACAUAUACUGAGAAAAGCUGCAAAAGUCAACGAGAAGGAACUAUCCGAACAAACUUUAGAGAAGUUGACUUUAUCUGAAGAAGAGAAACCAAGCGAAACGAGUGAUAUUUUGAAAGCCAUGAAAUCUACGACUUUAACCAUAAGGUUGGUGCUCUGCUCUUUCUGCUGGAUAGUGUGUACUUUCCAGUUUUAUGGAUUAACGCUAAAUUCAGUCGCUUUGGUAGCAGGCAACAGUUACUUGGACUUUAUGCUGACUGCUCUAGUCGAAAUACCUGGAUAUGCUGCUUGCAGAUACUUGUUGGUAUGGUUCGGAAGAAAAAAGUCCCUAUUCGGAGCAUAUUUCCUCACUGGAGUAGCUUGUGGAUCAUUUUUAUUGGUGCCUGAAGACUCUCACGCUGGAAGUCUUACUGUAUAUUUGCUGGGCAAGUUCGGGGCGACAGUUUCCUUUACACUGAUUUACGUACACACCAGUGAAAUGUUCCCGACUAAAAUGAGACAUACUUUUAUGGCAAUUUGCUCUACUUUGGGAAGAAUUGGAUCUAUGGUAGCACCACAGACACCGAUUUUGGCUCAACUCUGGAAUCCACUCCCUUUUAUAACAUUUACAGUCGUGUCUUGGAUUGCUGCGUUUUUCUCCUUAUUUUUCCCAGAAACAUCCAACAUCAAACUUCCCGAUACAAUUGAGGAAGCGGAAAACAUCAAGCAGUUAAGAAAAUUAGCUGAGAAAGAAUCGUGUACAUAGCUAUUUGAUCUGUGAUCAUUUUUAAUAUAAGAUAAACAAAAAUUAAUAUAUUAUGUAAAUAAAUUUUAAAAUGUUUUUUAUUUGAUCG